AUCCAUACUGGUCUUUUUUUUUUUUUUUUUUUUUGUGUUUUUUACCAUUUUAUUUGUUACUCGAUACUAUUUCUUCGAAGUGUGGUUUAAUGGAAAUAGGAACACAUGGCAAAACACCGAUUUCGUAGAAUCUACUGAUUUUUGAGCAAAACCACUGACUUUUUGGGGAUGAAUCUGCUGACUUUUUUCUUCUCCGUCUGGCAACACUGUUCUCCAGCAAGAUGGCUUCCAGCGAAAUGGUGCGGAAUGCCGGUAGCAGCUCAAACAGCUCGGGCCUCAGCAAGUGGCAGUAUGCGUUGCUUUUUGGAACGCCGGUUGCCGCUGGCCUGGCCAUCUGGUACUACAAGAGGACACGAGACAGAAAAAAGAAGCCGUCAGACUCUGGCAGCGGGAAGAGUGCCAAGUCGGAAGACCGGACCCUCUCGCACAACUCUCGCAGUGCUACCGAUGUCGAGAACCCCUACGAGAAGGCGAAGGCGUUCAAGAACCAGGGCAACAAAUAUUUCAAGGGAGGCAAGUUCGAUAAGGCUAUCGAAUGUUACACGGAAGCAAUCAACAUCUGCCCGAAGGAGCACGUGAGCGAGCGCGCCACCUUCUUCCAAAAUCGCGCCGCUGCCUUUGACAACCUGAAAAAUUACAAAGAAGUUAUCUCUGACUGCAGCAGAGCCAUAGAACUGAACGGCACUUACAUCAAAGCACUUCAUCGAAGGGCUAAAGCCUACGAGCUGGUCGACGAACUGAAGAAAUGCCUGGAAGACAUUACAGCUGUCUGUAUCUUGGAAGGCUUUCAGAACCAAAAUUCACUAAUGGUCACUGACCGGGUGCUGAAAAAGCUGGGAAAAGCAAGUGCCAAGGAGAUUGUGAAGACGAGGAAGCCGACCAUGCCCUCGAAGCACUUUAUCCGCAACUACUUUGUGUCCUUUUGCGAGGACCCCAUCAUUGAGGCAACGCAGGCCUUCCGCCAAGGAAAGGCACCCCAGCCGGAAGACUCAGAGGAGCAGAAGAGUGGCUUUGCGCUGGCGGUGGAGUGCCUGGCCCGGGAGGAGUAUGAGAAGGUGGUGGCCCACUGCAACGCGGAAGUGGACGGGGGAGGCAAAUGCGCGGCCGAGGCCCUGCUGCUGCGGGGCACCUUCCACCUGCUCCAGGGUCGCUCCCAGGCCACCCUUGACGACCUCAACCAGCUGCUGUCCAUGGACAACAUCAGCAGCAAGGUGCGGGUGAACGCCCUCAUCAAGCUGGGCACGCUCAAGGUGCACUCCGAGCACCUGGACGAGGCUCUGCAGGACUUUGAGAGGGCGGCAGAACUGGAUCCAGCCAACGCAGACAUCUUCCUGCACCGAGGCCAGGUACUGAUGCUGCUGGACCGGCUGGAAGACACGCUGCAGGACAUGGAGCGCACGUGCACCCUGCGACCGGACUUCCCGUCGGCUGCCGCCCAGCGCUGCUACGUGCAGUACCGGUGCGGCAUGCGGGCCACAGACCCCGAGCAGCGGCAGAAGGCCCUGGACGGCUUUGCCGAGGUGCAGCAGCGCUUCCCCAACUGCCCCGAGAGCUACUUCCUGCACGCACAGCUGCUAACCGAGACUCAGGAGUUUGACAAGGCGGAAGAGUACUUCCGCAAGGCAGAGAAGGCAGACCCUACAGACCCCAAUGUCUACGUACACCUGGGGAUCCUGCAGCUGCAGUGGAAGCAGGACUUUGACAAGGCCGUCCAGUACCUGCAGAAGGCGAUCGACAUGGACGAGAAGUGCCAGUUCGCCUACGAGACCUUCGGCUCCAUCCAAGUGCAGAGGGGCUUCCUCAAGGAGGGACUGGAGCUGUUUGAGAAGGCCAUCGCCCUCGCCCAGACGGAGACGGAGCUGGCCCACCUGCUCUCUCUGCGGGACGCGGCCGAGGCGCAGGGCCUCGUGGCGCAGCGCCUGGGCAUCGUUGUGGGACCGGGCCUCAGCUAGGGGUCCCCGGGCUAGCAACCCCACGCCGCCGUCUGCCACCUGCCACGGUUCUCCGCUCGUUUUGUCCUCCCCUCCGCAGUUGGCGAGAUAAAGCUCGGCGGGCCCCGCACGCCGCACCGUUUCGUGCCUGUGGUGGCUUCUGGUUAGACGGGACUCAUCGGGGACCAAUGAGACUCGUGCGCUUUCCCGGCAGGGUACCCUCCGUUCCCCAGAUGUCCUUUGGACGGAGGAGUCACCGGCUGAAAACGCCUAGGCUCUGUUUUUACUGUUGGCAAAGGCUGCCAGCAACGGGCUCCUAUACUCCGGUUUAGCUUGCAAUGGACCGGGGCAGAUGAAACGAGCCAUUCCAGACAAUUCCACGCCGCGAUUGUGUCGCGCGACUAGGCGUCCCGUGCAUUGCAGCGUGUCUCACGAAGGUCGCGCGACACCUGCGCAGUGUGGGAUUUGCUUUGUUGGCUCGCAGCGGCGUCUGCGGUUCGUUGUGAGGUGAAGCGGAGUAAAGCUGCGAGGUGCGCCUUUGCUGCACUGCGGUGACGGCAGUUCUCGACGACGCGAGCUCGCGACUGCGUCCUUUGCCGCACUCGCGACGCAACUCGUAAUUGGCGGCUCUGCGCUCGAUCGCACACUGCCAGGGUCUGCUCGUCGACACAGUGAGGGGAGAAUGGACGGUCCCAAAGCGAACAAACAUGAUGUGGGAGACGAGCAAGGGGGAAGUCGUUGUCGGUUUGUUUUUCUUCCAGGGUGCCUCCAGCUGUAGAAUUCCAGCUUUGCUUUUCAGGAAAGCCAUGUAACCUUUGUUUCUAGUCUGUAUAACAAAAUAAAAUGAAGGGUUUUCCCGGUUUUUUCUGAU